UGCCUAAAUUUAUUUUUGAUCUAUCACUUCUGGUUCUGUGCGUGGCAAUGUCCAUUCGGACUUGAAAUUGAUUAGUAUCAUCAUUUAUCAUGAGUGAAAUUAAUCAGAAAGAAAAGGCAAUUUCCCAAUUUUAUGCCGAGUUGAAUAAACUUGGGCAGAAUGGAGAAUACGAGAGAGCUUUUAAAAUUACCAAUAAAAUUAUAGGAAUAUCUCCUCAUGAUAGUUUGGCAUUUAAAUGCAAAAUAGUAUGCUUGAUUCAGCUUAAUAAAUUCGAAGAGGCAAUUCAACUACUCAAUAAGAAGCAAGAAUUUGCUUCACUUUUGGUCUUUGAGAGAGCGUAUUGUCAUUAUCGUAUAAAUCAACAUGAAGAAGCACUGAAGGUAAUAGAAAAGUGCGAUGAAGAUGAUAAUCGAAUAAAGGAACUGAAAGCUCAGAUAUAUUAUCGUCUAGAAAAUUAUGAAAAAUCAGCAAAGCUCUAUAAAGAAAUGGUUAAAACUAGUAAUGAUGACUAUGACGAAGAAAGAAAUUCUAAUUUGAGUGCUGCUCUCCUUUACUCUGAGGAGAGUGAGGUUGAUAUUGAUGAUCUCAGAGAAAAUACAUAUGAAUUAUGCUUUAAUAAAGCUUGCUUAUUGAUAUCCAGAGAAUUAUAUACUGAAGCCGAGAAAAAAUUGAAGCAAUGUGAAAAACUAUGUAGGGAAAUGUUGGAGGAAGAGGAGGCUUCUGAAGAGGAAAUCGAUAUUGAACUUGCUUUAAUUAAAAUUCAAUUGGCAUUUGUUUAUCAGAAACAAGGACGCCUAAAAGAAGCUCAACAGUUAUAUUCCACAAACUUGAAACUGAAACUAGAAGAUAUUGCACUGACAGCUGUAGCUUGUAAUAAUAUGGUUUGCAUUAAUAAGGACCAAAAUUUAUUCGAUUCGAAGAAAAAGAUGAAAACUGCUCUGAAUGAUGCACUUAAACAUAAGUUACCAUCUGAGUCUCGUAAAUAUAUCUCCCUUAAUAAUGCAUUAUUCACUUAUUAUAUAAAUCAGAAUGAGCAGUGUGAAAAACUAUGCCAGCAGAUCGACAAGCAAUAUCCAGAUCUAAUUCUACACACCACUAUUCUAAGGUCGGCUAUUCUGUUUAAAUCAAAUAAGAUGCAACAGGCAAUUGAUGUUUUGCAAUCGUUCAAAAGUACAAAUGAGGAUGAAGUAUUUUUUGUUAAGCUUGCAAUUGCUCAAUACCAUCUAGUACAAGGUAAAAGAUUAGAAGCUUGUGAAGUUAUGGAAAAUUUGGGAGAGAAUACUUAUAAACCAGGUAUUAUCGGUGCACUUACCACCAUUUACCUUGGAUUAGAACAAGAAAGCGCCGCUCUGAAACUAUUUGAGAAAUCUGUGACUUGGUAUAAAAAAAAUAGAGUAAAAGGCGAUUUAACAAAUAUGUGGAGACAAGCAGCAGACUUUCAUAUACGAAAUGGUCAUGCGCAAGUGGCUGUCAAUAGCUUGGAAGAACUACUCAGGUCAAAUCAAGAUGAUAAAAAGAUUUUGGCACAGCUAGUAUUGGCUCUAUCGCAGUUUGAUGAGAAGAAAGCAUUAGUUUUGAGUAAAGACCUACCAUCUAUUGAAGAACUUUCCGAAGGUCUUGACUUGGAAAACAUCCAGAAUAUGCAGAUCUCAGCUACAAACAUCAAAAAGAGUCCAAUGGUUACAAAACAAGAGUCUCUGCCUGGCACUCCUUCAGAAGGGUCAGAUGAUCGUAAAAGGAAACAUAAGAACAGAAAGAAGAAGGGCAAGUUGCCGAAAAAUUGUGAUUUGAGUCAGGCUCCAGAUCCAGAGCGUUGGCUGCCCAAGUAUGAAAGAACAGGUUACCGUAAGAAAAGAGACAGGAGAACAAAAGAAGUUAUUAAAGGCUCUCAAGGAACAGCAUCUGGACAAGCAGAUCAAUUUGAUUUUUCAUCAAAACUUGUGGAACAAGAUACUGAGGAUUCUCCUGCUGCACCAUCACCUAGAGUUCCUAUGAAUCAUCAAAAGAAGCAGCAGAAGAAGAAGAACAAGAGACGUUAAUUUAAAAAAAUGACUUUUUCAAUUUUUUCAUUAUGAAUUUGUAAUGAGGUGAAUUAUAAUUUUGUUUGCAUAUAA